CUGCUUUGCGGUUACUUCGAUCUUUUUCCUAUUACUGAUUAGUGUUGGCAUUGACAAGGAAUCAGUAAAGAGAUACCAACAUUUAUAAGACAUUCCAGACUUUACCAUCAGCAGAAAAAAUGCAAAUAAAUGUUGGUGUGGUACAUUCGGGUCUCUCACCGUUAGGUGAAAUCAACGGUAGCCAAAUGAUGGCCAUAUUUCUGGUCAGAAGAAUAUAUUCACGCAACAUCAAGUUGUCAUCACAUUUAUCCAAGGAUAUCUUAUACAGCACAGCCGCUUGCGAAGGUAGCUUCAGACAUCUUUUUCGUAGUGUUCAGUUUGCUUCGAAAACGUGUUUUCCGAUAGUCAGAAAAACACAGGGAACGCCGCAACUCUUACAGUUAGCUUCAGUCACGACAAGUGCUCGCCUUUAUAAAAACUGGAAUCUCACGCAUUUAACGAAUCAUAGGAUCAUGACCCACAAUUUACAGUAUCCCGACGUGCGUCGGGAUGAGACCGUUGUUGAUAAUUAUCACGGCAUUGAGAUACCAGAUCCCUAUAGAUGGUUAGAGGACCCUGAUUCGGAAGAAACAAAAGCCUUUGUGGAUGCCCAAAAUGCAAUUACAAAGCCAUAUAUAGCAGCUUGCAAAUCACGCCAAGACAUACACGAUCGUUUUAAACAACUAUGGGAUUAUCCCAAAUAUUCAUGUCCUGAGAAAAAAGGUGAUAAGUAUUACUUCUAUAAAAACACUGGUCUUCAAAACCAAAGCGUUUUGUACGUUCAAGAUACAUUGGAUUCAGAACCCCGAGUUUUCUUAGAUCCUAAUACUUUGUCUGACGAUGGCACAGUUGCAAUUACUAGCAGCAAGUUUAGUGAGGAUGGCAGCCUUUUUGCUUAUGGAUUCUCAUGCAGUGGCUCUGAUUGGAGUACCAUUCGUUUCAUGAACACAAAAACUGGUGAACAUUACCCGGAGUCACUAGAAAAGGUUAAAUAUUCUCCGCUUACGUGGACUCACGACAAUAAGGGAGUAUUUUAUGCUCAUUAUCCUGAACAAAAGGGUAAAACGGACGGUUCGGAAACGCAAGGUAGUCAGAAUCAGAAAUUGUGUUAUCACCGUGUAGGUACACCACAAUCGGAUGAUAUCCUAGUAGUUGAAUUUCCUGAAGAACCCUUGUGGAUGAUUGGGGCCGAGGUUACGGAUUGUGGCAACUGGCUAAUUGUCACGCCGGUCAAGGAUUGUCGCGAUAAUUUGGUAUACUUCUCAAGACUUGGACCCGAUUGCAAAAUAGAAGGGAAACUUCCGCUCGUUCAAGUUGUUGACAAGUUGGAAGCUGAUUACGAAUACGUAACGAACGAUGGUUCAAAAGCCAUUUUCCGUACCAACAAAAAUGCACCUAACUUCAAACUCAUUUCUAUCGAUCUUGAUGAUUACGCGGAAGAAUUCUGGAUCGAUUUACUGCCAGAACAUCCCACGAAUGUCUUAGACUGGGCCACGGCUGUAGACGGGGAUAAAUUUAUUGCAUGUUACAUCGAAGAUGUGAAGAAUGUUCUACAACUGCAUAGUCUUAAAAAUGGUGAGGUCCUUAGAUCGUUUCCUCUGGAUGUUGGUACAAUCGUAGGAUUUUCGGGUGAUAAAAAAUAUUCGGAAAUUUUCUAUGAAUUUACUUCGUUCUUGACGCCUGGAAUCAUUUAUAGGACUGACCUUAAGAAGGAGGAAAAACCAAAGGUAUUCCGGGAAAUUAAAGUGAAAAAUUUCAAUUCUGAUCUGUAUGAGACCAAACAGAUCUUUUACAAUGGAAAGGAUGGUACGCGGAUUCCAAUGUUCAUCGUGACAAAAAAAAAUGCUGUUUUAGAUGGUUCAAUGCCAGCCCUGCUAUACGGCUAUGGAGGAUUUAAUGUCAGCAUUCAGCCAGCUUUUAGCAUUACAAGACUCGUUUUCGUCCAACACUUGAAUGGCGUUCUGGCCAUACCAAAUAUACGUGGUGGAGGAGAGUACGGAGAGAAGUGGCACAAUGAUGGCCGACUCUUCAACAAGCAAAACGUCUUUGAUGAUUUUCAAUGCGCUGCCGAGUACUUAAUCGAGAAAAAAUAUACCAAUGCUGCAAAGCUGACCAUUCAGGGUGGAAGUAACGGUGGACUUCUAGUUGCAGCUUGUAUGAAUCAAAGACCCGAUCUUUUCGGUGCAGCCAUUGCACAAGUUGGUGUGAUGGAUAUGUUGCGCUUUCACAAAUUUACCAUUGCCUACACCUGGGUUUCCGAUUAUGGAAGCUCCGAAGAUGAGAAGCAUUUUAAAAAUCUACUUAAAUAUUCGCCACUGCACAAUGUCAGACCACCACCAAACGGUGGACAAUAUCCGGCAACUCUUUUACUUACUGCGGAUCACGACGAUCGUGUUGUUCCUCUACAUAGUUUGAAACUUAUUGCUCAACUUCAAUACACAUUGGGGAAACUGCCAAAUCAAAAGAAUCCACUACUUGCUAGAAUAGAGACCAAGGCGGGUCACGGUGGUGGAAAACCUACUAGCAAAGUGAUCGAAGAAAGUACUGAUAUUCUUUCGUUCAUUGUGCAAGCCCUCGAUCUCGAGUUCAAACAAUGAAACUUAACUUUAAGUACGCAUUUAAAAAGAAUUCCGAAAAAGUGCGGCCAUUAGGAAAAUUGAAAUUCCACGCAUAAUAUGGACGUCAUUUAAAGUAAUUCUAUCUGGAAUAAAAAAUGUUUUUGUUGUGAGUUUUUUUUU